AUGGAUGUGCUAACUGAUAGCGUAGAAAAUACGUUGAAGAACUUACAAAGUAAGAGAAAUUUUCUUGCAGAGCAAAGAGAGCAAUAUAUAAAUAUCAGAGGUCGAUUGAUUAGCUUUAGCAAUGAUAAUGAUGAAGGUGAUGGUGAAGAAAGACUUGAAGAUCAAGGAGUUGUGUUUGGUGAUAUUAUAAUUUCCGCGAGCAGGAUUUAUCUGAGUAUAGGCUAUGAUUACUAUGUGGAAAAGACUAAAGAGGAGACAGUUGCGUUUGUUGAUGAUAAAUUAAAACUAAUGGAGGACGCUAUCGAACAGUUUGAUCUUAAGAUUAAAGAGGCUAAAAAGACUUUAGACGGUUUGAAUUUUAUGGAAACUGAAUCUGGAAUUGAACAGGAGGACGACGACGAUAACAGAGACUUCCUACCCUCAAUGGAGAUUAGAGAAGAAUUAGAUGAAGACGGAAAUGUGGUAAGUAGUUCUAUUACCCCUACAACGAAAAAGGUAUUACAAUCAAAUUACACACAAGAGGAGGAAAAUUAUGACUGUGAAAAGAAAGAACCACCAUCAAAAGAACAGCAAAAAUUAAAUUCAUUUGAAGAGAAUUUGAAAGGCAAACUUUCUAGAAAGAGCACUGAAGUAAAGAGAGUAGUGGAGCCGUCUCAAGUGGAUACGGAAAGUAUCUACACAUUUGCAGACCUAGUUCGGCAAAUGGACCAGCAGGAUGAAUUGGAAGACGGCUCUAUUGGUUCUGAUGAGGUAAACUAUGAUUAUGAUGCGUUCGAAAAUACCGAUUUUACUUUCAAUGAGUAUAACAGUGAAGAGGACGAAGAUGACGAAGAAAUUAUAAGCCAUUCCAUUAUACCUGGAUUUGAGGCACAAUCUUCAUUUUUAAAGCAAAUUCAACAACUACGCGCACAAAAGCAACCUCAAGAACAUAGUCUGGGUGAGGAUAAAGUUAAAAAACCGUUGAAGCCUAUUUUGAAGAAGUCCUCUAUUAUAGAAAAACCUGUUCAAAAACAGAAAAAGAAGCGAGUAGGAUUUGCAUCAUCUUUGGAUAUUCAUGAAGUGGAAAACUUGAAGGAUGAGAACAAGCGGCAGAUGCAUACCAUCAUGGUUUCCACAGAUGAUAAUACGAAAUUUAUGGGACUCGCUAAUGAAACGACGUCAGAUGAGUUCGAUGGUGAUUUAUUUGCCAAGAUGUUGGGCGUCCAAGAUGCUAAUGAAGUGCAUGAUAAAUAUAAAAAUGAAAUGAUAAGUCAAGACAAGGACAAAGACGAAACAAAUAGGUCGAAUAAGAGAAAUAAGGUUUCCAGAUUCAAAAAAGACAGGGCAUUUAACAAGCAAGGUACGCCAGCGAAUGUCCGUUUCGUGAAGGCAAAGCCAGUGGUGAGCGACAUACUAGAAGAACAGUCGGUUGUGAGAGAUAUUAUAGAAAAGGAACCGGUUGUGGAAAACAUGAUAGGCAAAAGCCCUAGUCUGGGAAAUGGUGUAGAAACAGGACCGAUGACCAGCGAUAUAAUUGAAAGAGAGGCAGCAACAGAUACUAAAGACAAUCUUGAAAGUGCACUUAAAGGGAAAAAAAUGAAAUCAUUACAGAAACCAAGAACAUGUAAACUAAAGAGGAAGAAAUUUGAUCCCACAAUUUUCGAGAAUAUAAGCGAUGAUGAUGAUGAUGAUGAUAAGAAAACUGAAAGCAACCAAAGUAAAGGUGACAGUGAUGAACAAGAAAAAUUUCCUUCGAAGAUUCAGGAGGUGUCUAGAUCGAUGAUUCAAACAAGUGCGACCCUAGGAGAAAAGCCGGUUAGAAUUACGAAUGUUGACUACCACGCAUUAGGUGGAGACCUAGAUGAUAUGGUCAAGGCAUAUUCUUUAGGAUUAUAUGAUGACGAUUUAGAGGAUGACCCGGGAACGAUAGUGGAGAAGCUCGAGGACUUCAAAGAGUACAAUAGACAGGUGGAACUGCUGCGUGACGAAAUCCGAGAUUUUCAACUGAAUAACCAGCCGGUUGUGGCAGAUGAGGAGGAGGAAGAAGACGAGGGCAAAUUUAUGGUGGACAUUGUUGAGCACGAGUACCCUGAAAGUUACACGAAUAACGAAGACGAAGUGGCACUACAUCCAGACCGGCUGCAGGAGGCAGUCGCGAUCGAGUACAGACGCUUGAAGGAAACGGCGGCCUCGAAAUGGCAAUCAUCACCACUCACCACGCUUUCUGAAGGCGAAUUGGAGCCCAUUGACAAGUAUGGGAACCCCAUCAAGACGAGUCGCUUCCGCUCUCAACGACUUCGUAUGGAUAAUGCAUAG